AUGACAAGAUAAGGAAAAUAUGGGCCACUUUUGGUGGAAGAAAAUAAACUUUAAGGAUUUGUAGUAAGAGCAUGUGAAAAUAUAAAGGCAAGAACACUUUUAUGUGAAUAUGUAGGAUAAGUAGAUUUCGCUAGAAAUCAUAUUUUUGAUAAUAAUGACUCUAUUAUGGAUCUUUUGAGAACAUCAAGAAGUAAAACUUCACUAGUUAUUAUUCCUGAAUAAAAAGGAAAUAUAGCAAGAUUCAUUUCUGGAAUUAAUAAUUGUUAAAAAGGAGGUUAAAAUAAAUAAAAUGUUUAAAGUAUAAGAAUAAAUAUAGAUGGUUAGGUAAAAGUAAUACUUUUUGCAAAAAGAAAUAUAAAAAAAGGUGAAUUAUUAUAUUAUGAUUAUAAUGCAGGAGGUUUUAAUGAUUAUCCUACAGAAUAAUUUGUUUGA